AACAAACAUCAACAAAACCUGAAUACACUAAGACACGCAGAAGCGCGCACUGUCCGCGGUGCGGAAAUUCCACUCGCACGGUGUAAUGCAUAGAUGAGUAGAGAGCCUGACACUAUGAGCGUGAGGACAGUGUUAAUUGCACAUCAGACGUUGACCGAGUAGCAGCGACAGCGAGAUGGAGUCGAAACGUGUGGCAAACCUGGUCGCGAUCCUGAUCAGCUUCUUGGCCGUUGGAUUUAUUAGCACGCAGACGGACAUCAAUACGUUCGGGAUCUUCCGGGAGAAGAGUUACUACUUUGGCAACACAUUCAAGCUCAACUGGUACAAGGCGGCCGAGUACUGCAGGACGCGCGGAAUGUUCCUGGUGACGAUCAACAACGACGAGCAGCUGAACGGGGUGGUGGACCACAUCGAGCAGAGUGGCUUCACCAAAACGCACGGCAUCCUGCACAUGUGGACGUCCGGCAACGAUCUCGGCGAGGAGGGCCAAUUCUUCUUCGCAUCGACGGGCGAACGGCUGACGUACGAGCGGUGGACCAAAAACGAACCGAACAACGCGAUGCACGAUAACUGCACGUUCGAGCAUUGUGUGGUGCUGGAAUACUUUAAGCCGUGGUCGAUCAACUACACCUUCGACGAUCGGCAGUGUGGGGCGGAAAACUUUUUCAUGUGUGAAACAUUGUACGAUUAGAAGCAACUGACGGGGAUUGAACUGGUUUUAGGUUUAGCAAUCAUUAGUGGGAAACAGUAACAUAGGAUAGGAUUAUUUUAAUUCGAAUAAGAUAUCUUCAGCCUGCCGUCAGCUUCCCGA